GCAGCGUGGAGCGCUUCGAGAGCGCGAAGGAGGAUUUGUUCGAUUUGAAAUACGGUCUGUUUGACAAAGAUUACUUGACCUCAGAAAGAAGAAUCACCCGCCUCUCCUGGAUCCAACCCCUGUUGCGGAAAAAAAUGGUACCUGUGAACGAACCUGUAGCUGCGGAAGCACCGCAGAAGCGGGGUGGACGAACACUGGCCGCGAGGAAUACUGGUGGCACUACUUCCGACCGAAAAGGGCAAAAAACGAACCCACAUCUAAAUAAUCCGGAGGAAGAAUUGAAGGAGGUUGUGGAGUUUCUCUAUCCCUACUCGGCGUUACCAAAGGUGGACUUGAAGUACUACUUCCUCGGCGGACCCGACCUCGCCGCGCUGGUCAUUGCGCACAAGCGGAAGCAGAAAAAGUACCAGAUUGAGAUCGAGUUCGAGCAGGGGCCGCUGGGCAAGUUGCGGGACCAGGAGAAGAAGCUCGAGCGCAAAUUGUUCGGGAAGCGCUACUUCGGCGACGUCGGGGAUGCUGACGACGUUGAGGUUGAAAACCCGAAAGAGAAAAAGCAGGUCACGUUUCUAUGCACAGGAAUCAUGAUUUAGCGCGCAUGGGCUUGGUAUUGGUUGCUUGGGCACGGCGUCGGUGGUUUGGGUUUCGCAAAUGUCGCGCGUGCAUAAACAGGGCUCUGCCCUAGCGCUUUCUCCUGUGAUCUUCUCAUUGCGCAACUCAUCAUAAGAAAGAAACUCAAGGUUCUUCAGGGACUAACAUGCGCAAAUUCGUGUAUGCAUUUCGUACAUGAUCAAGAACGUCCGUCUCCAUGCGCGCUAGAUUUGUAUUCCGCAUACUUUGCCGGUAUGGCGAAGAAGAUGCAGGCGCUGGGUGUGAUGGCUAAUAUGGGGGUGAUGAAAAACAAAACCAAUCCGCUGAAACCCUACCGCGCCGGGCUUCAGAAGGUCCGGGAGAAAUUGUUCGUUCUGGAGGCGAAAAAGGCGGAAAUGCUGGCGGACGUGGACAUCCAGGAGGUGCCGCUUCCCGGACACCGGUUCCUGGAUGAAAACUCGUACUACACAAUCGAGCCAGAAACGGUGACGAUCAAACCCGGCGUGAGCGAGCAAGUCGUAGGUCUUGGUGAGGAAGAAGACGAUGGUGCCAAUAAUGCAGUUGCCUACAACAACGUCGACAACCAGACCGAAGAAGACCCGCCACAGGAGCCCGACAAAAUCGUCCGCAAUGACGGGGUGAUGGAAAUUCUUGGCGACGUGCGGAUCCAAUACGAGAGUGCACAAUCUUUCUUUUCACUUUUUCCCGCGAUUUGUCAUGCAAGAUACCGACUUGAUCAUUCUCAAUCUUUCUCUUCUGGAUGUGGACCUGGAAUUGUUCGCAUUUACGAUUUCUAGGACCAGUGGUGCCGCUGAAGCUACGUCGCCACGGCGCUUUUAUUGCAUCUAUUACUUUACUAGAGACCAUGCAAGUGACGGAGUUUGAGUUGUCGGGGUGAACAUCAAGUUGUGUACUCUCAUAUCCAAGUUGUGAAAACGACAAUUAAGACACCGAUCCCUAUCGACCCAGAAGAACUCGCGGAGGACCCGAACAAAAUCCACAAACUGACUUUCACCACUUCCACCUCGCUGCGGUUGAACUUUCAGUUUCUGAUCAAGGCGAGGACGCGAAUGCAGUGGCAGCGGCGGUACAUAUCCUGUGCAAAAGUAUCGUACUCGUAUUGCAGUCAUGCAUUACAAAUCUUUUUGUUUUAGCUAAAUCCGCAUAUGCUGAGAAAUGCAUUUAUACGAGUGCGAUACUUUUGCAGUUCAUAGUACAGCAAGGAAUACAAGUGGGAUAUGGAUGUGCUGAAGCAGCAAAUCGAGAAGUUGACGCUGGGCGACAUCCAACGCGAAGCGGCGAACGAAGGCGUUCCGAACUUGCUGUCCGUGGAGAGCAGCACCAAGGGCAAUAUCAACUGCAAAUAUGUCUGGGUCUGGAAGCGUGGGAGCUUGUCAUGCAGAUUUUCCAUGACCCAUGAGGUCUGGAAUGCAGGACCUGGCAUGACAGAUUCGCUGAGAUCUAUAUCAUGCCGGUCCUGCACGAGAAACUCGCUCUCAACUUGUUCAAAGGUGGACAACUCUUGGCAGUCAUGCAACACAGAUUUUUCCAGGGUGUAGACUUGGCAUCACAAGUUACUGCCUUCCAGACCCAGACAUAUUUGCAAUGCAUAGGCAAGUGGUGGAUCCAACUGAAAGAUCCGAAGGCCCUGCAGAUCUUGGCGAUCAUUGACCCGAAUGGGGUGAGGAACUUGCAGGCCGACUACGAAGACCGACACUCGUACCCAGGAUGAAAAAGGCUGUCGUGUUAGUGGAACUUUUUUGUGAUAAAAACAGCAUACACGACAAAUAUCCAUCGAUCUCCCGGUUGGACAGCAAAAACUUGUCAUGCGCAGAUAGUACGCGAAAACGCAACACUUUAUGGGACUCGCCUACGAUGCUUGUCGAGCAUGAGAAGCGAAGAUACCUGUUAAUUCGUGUUUCGCUGCGCAAGAAUGCAACACAAACAAGUUACACUUCACUCUCAUCACUUUUUUUCUUGCAUAGCUCGCGGCUCUUCCAGGAGAAGUGGCAGGAAUACUUGCUGGGAAAGACAGAUUUGCGGGAGAUGCCGCACGAUUUCCAGAAUUUGCGGAACGUUUUGUUUGAUGUGAGCAGCAGCGACUCGUCAGGUGGGAGUAGCAGCUCGGCAAGUGGCAGCUCGACAGAAGACUCGUCUUCUUCAGCUGCGGAGGGGGACGUCGAGAGUAGUAACCCGUCCGAGGCAGAAGGGGGGGCAAGUAGUAGGAACGCGGGUGACGGUGUUAACAACAACGGCCUAGUUGUCGUCGCUCCAUCAACCUCCGCCGGCACGACAAACGCAGGACCACAAGACCCGGCCAGCAAAGUGGUUUCGUUUGAACAAGGUGGAGGUGAUCAAACUCUUGCAAGAACUACAUCUAUUCCCCCAGCAGCACCAACCAACAGCAACGCCAAAGCAUAUCCAUCGCUCCCAGUGUUGAGAAAAUCGGAUUUGAAGCCGAUCACGGUUUGCCUGUCCGCGUUCUCCAAACACACCCACCUUUCCGACGUGGACAGCUUUAUGCGUGGGAAAAAGGCGAACCCGGCGGACAUUCUGGCCUUCAAUUUGAAGGCGGAGGAGCCGAAGAUUUUGAAGAAGUUCGAAGAAAUGGAAGAGACUAGGAGAACGGAAGAAAUGUUGUUCUUAAAAAAUCGCGCACUGGAAGAGGAAAAGGAAAGACGUGAGACUAGUACAGCUGCUGGCACCGGUAAUUAUCGUACUAACCCUCAACCGGGUACUAGCCCUAGCGCGUCUGGCUCAGCUGCAAAUGAGAGGAUCAUGUCGGGUGCGAACACCAACGGCGAUGUAGAAGAUGUUGGGCAAGAACAUCUACUUGAUUCCACAGCGAGACGCGAAGAAGGAGCAGGUCAACCACAAGCAGCGGAGGAGGAAGAACAAGAAGAAAAAGAAGAGCAAAUCUUCAACCCUGAGCCCAUCAAGCAGCAGGAGAUCCUGCACUCCGAGACGUUAUGCAAGCUGUAUUUCCGGGCCACGACCUCGAAAAUGCCUUUUGGGCAGAAGUACGAAGAGAACUUUUACGGACCCAUCCCGAAAUAUGGAAGCGUCAGGAUUGAACUCGUCAAAGUUGAAAGAAUUUCUUAUGCACAAAUUGCAAGGCAUGAAGUGCCUCUUUUGCAGGGGCGGCAAGCAAGGCCGACCGUGAGCAUGCUUGGGGUCUGCGGUAGAGCUGCUAAAGUAGCAUGACAAAAGACGCCUUCUGUCCCUAAACAGCAUGACAGACUGGAUUUAGACGGUGCCGAAAUUUGUCAUGCACCGCUUGGAAAUUGGGCUUCCAACUGGUAUCGAUUUUAUGCAUUACAAAUUAUUUCAACUUUGUCGAUUUCAAUACUGACACAACCAUACGAAAUCCAACCUCGGGUCCUGUUGGCGGAAGUGCUGGCAAAAUUUGCUGACCCAGCCGGGGUAUCAAAUGUAAAAAUGUCUGGGUCUGGAAACUUGUAAUGCUGGGUGGCGUCUCAUGAUGAGGCUGCAAAUGCUGGCGCAGCAUGACAAAUUUCUGAGCUCCUAGGUGUUGCCUAUUCUGCAUGACAAACUGCGCUUUUGCAUCACAAAAAAACGGAGCUCUUAGGUAACGUGCAUGACAGAUUUAAGAGUCACGCCAGACAAGCAUGACAAACAUGAAUUCUUCCAGACCCAGACAUUUUUACAUUUGAUACGGGGAUUCCGGAGUGGAGCAAGGACCCGGUCGCGACGCGGUUUGAGAAGCUAAAGUGGUUCGCGCGGAGGCGGUUAGCGUGGAAGCAUUUUGUGUGGCGGGACGCGGACUUUGAGAGGUUUUUGGCCGAACGGGGGGAAGAGGUGAAGAAGGGAAUAGACGUAAGCGUGCUGAUCGCGCGGAAAAACAAGCGGUUGGCCAACAGCUACGCACCGGUAAUCUUUUUCACGAACGACGAGCACCAAAGCGAGGAUGUCGACGGGAGGACGCGUGGUACUUCUACGUUUCAUCUCAGUGCCCCCGAUGUGGGAGGCUCAUUUGGAGGAACAGGAGAUGUUGAGGCUGACCCCGACACUGUCACGGCACUCGGAGGUCGUAACGCAGUUGCGUCGACGUCGUCGUCGGUGGAUCAGCUACAAGUAGCUCCCGCGUUCGCCGCGUUUACUUCAUCCAAAGUAGAUGAACCAGUGAAAAAUUACAACGCCAUCUACCCGGUUCUGAGCAUGAUCACGGUGCCUGGAUCGGAGGAAAUGGAGCAUUUCACUGCAGAUUUGCCACAAUUUUUGGAGAAGAUGAAGGAGCAAGCUCGGGCAGCAACGUCAUCUCCUGGAGACGAUAGAGAGAUAACAUCAGCGGGGAAUUUUGACGUCGUCGUGGGUGGAACUGGUGAGCAGGUAGGUGUUGAGCAGAAGGCGAAAGCCCCUGUAAUGAAAAAAGCUGUUGACGACGAGAAAAGCAGAGCUAGUAGCACGUUCGGAGACCACAGUACGACCAGCACCGCGCCGGCCGCGGAGGAAACCCUGACGGAUCGCCGCAAGCGGUUCGACACGCGGUGUUACCUCUUUGCGAAGCCGGUCUCUUUCCCACAGCAAAGCGCAGAUCAUGGAGCUGGUGCCUAUUCCUUCAACUUCGGCACAGUUUCUUCUUCCGAGGUACAACGCGCGGCUGCGCCGGGCAACAAUCAGGCCAAGCACGAGCGGACCACGAGACGAGGACUUGUACCCGAUUCGCGCUCCCCCUUCCGCCCGGACUUGCCCGAACAUUCGUUUCUCCACCAUUUUCUGCACAACACGUCGCCGACGCAACACGUUGUGGUGUAUCCGGAAGUUGAAAAGCACACGAUGGAGGAUCUCGUCGCCAACAAACAGCCCGACAGCAUCGCCCAACUGCUGUUUCGCCAGUCUUUCUACACAGCGUCCCCCCACGACCACGAAUUUUUUUCCCUCGAUAAAUGCGGCGCGUUUCCGAACCAGUUCGUCAGCACUGGAGACCGUCAACAGCAAGACCAGCGGACUUCUAACAGCGGCAAUCAAAAUGAUGACGUCGCCUACCACGAGCCCUCGGGGUUGAAAGGCCCCGCCCCCCGCCUACCUCAGUUCCUCGAUAUGUUGAGGCCCAGCCAGAACCUUUGACAAUUCUACUGCAACCUAAAUCAUGUUCAGACUCGCGUUGGAAUAAUCUACCAUCUGAAAAAAUCCAAAUUAUUACCACGAAAAUGCGUGGUACUGGGUCAGAAAUCUAGAGGAUCCCCAGCUAGGGGCUGGCACGAGAUGACAUGAUGAGAGCUGGGGCUCUAGGUCUAUCGGGGUCGGUUUAGAAAUCCCUGCAAAGUUUGCUACUGGUAAAUGAGAUCCCCCUCCCCCCCUUCCACUAGGCGCGGGUACCAUACACGCUGCCUGUUUUUAUCUGCUUCGACAUUCUCACAGGGGACAUUCUAGGUGCGCGCAAGUGUAGCUUGCCGCCUAAUUCCACAGUAUACUCACACGCUUCUCACUUAGCACCUUGCUUAGAGAUAGAGACCAUGCCCGCGAAGGCGAAAGCGAAGCACCCGGCUAAGGCUAAGGCCCCGGCCAAGCCUAAGGGGAAGGCGCCUCCCCACAAGGCUAAAGCUGCGAAAGCCGUAGCCAAACCGGCCGCGAAGAUGAAGGCUCCGGCCUUGGGGGCCCGGGAAGUAGAUGAAGAGGAAAUUUGUGCGGCCCUGUUAGCGGAAGAAGGGGAAGAAGAGAUCCCGGCCCGCAAGGGUCCGCCGCCGGUCAAGAAGAGAAAGGUGGCGCAGGAUUUCAGUGACAGAGACGUCGAGGCCUUUGGGAUCUCUCGCUCCGAAUUAUUAGCACAUCAGCGGGAGCCUUCCCCGCUUGAUUCUCUGUCCUCGGUAGAUGUGCCUGCGGAAAGUCUUGCGCGGGCUGUUUUGGACUACAACGGGGUGAAGUCGUUCCACAUUUGCAGCGCGCCCACCUGUCGGUGGUCGCGGCGUUAUUUUGGAGUUUGUGUGCCCGCUUUGCCAUUGUGCCGUACUUUGAGUGGCUCCCCUCCGGGGAAAAUGUUGCGGACGCAACUACCCGCGACGCUUUGUGGGCGCAGUUUUGUCGGGUAGCCCGGGUGCAGCUGCUCUCCUGUGGAGCUUUGACGGACGAAAUUCAGAGGUUCCUGACCACAGUGGCUACACCACUGGAAGACCCUUGCGAGUUGCUCCAGUCGAUUCCGGCUGAGGAUUUGCUUGCUCAAGUUUGAGCACUUCAGGCUUUCCUGGGAGUGUUUUUGUACAUGUGAGCGGAUUUUGUGUGCAGGUACUUGUCGAUGGCAUAUCCACUCUGUUUCAUGGAUUUCCUCCAACUUUGGAAGGUUGCUUUGCUCCUUUUCUGGCCAACGCCAGCUUUCGGAUCCCACUCAGUGGGGCGUGUUCGCGACUACCCACCGGUACUUUUUCUUUGGUUCGGUCCCGUACUUUCUCGUCUCUCGUUGCGGGGAUUCUCUCUUCGCGUCCGCGUUGUGCCUUGCCGAGGGCAAUGGGGGCGGGGCUGGGUCUCCCCUCAUUCAACCACCUGCGGUGGGGUUCUGAGGGGUCUUGCCCUUUUGGCAAGGUGGUGGUGAGGCGUGCUGGGCCUCGGUUUUGUUAGAUAGGCCCAGUACGCUUUACCCAGCCCCAACGGUGCGGUCCAACGGGCCGCUCGGGUUUCGGGAUACCACAUGGAAGGAACGAAACGAAAAGCGGCAAUCAAAAUGAUGACGUCGCCUACCACGAGCCCUCGGGGUUGAAAGGCCGCGUGUUGAUCGAGGCGCUAAGCCUGUUCCGCAUUGCCGCAGCAGCCUCGGAGCAGGAAUUUUCCGCGGAAAGGGAAAGGAGACAGUUUUUGCUGGGACGAAGAGAAAGUGCGGGCGCAGGCGCGGCAACAGCGAUUUUUUCUUCGAAGGCAACAAGCUCAACAACAGCGAGAUUACAAUUUCGCAGUGGAAGUGCGAGUACGUCAGGAGUGUUGCGUGGGAAUCGUUCUCAAAGCACGAAUUUUGGAACCUCUUCGGCUUCCACCUCAUCUUCGCGGAGGGGAAAUUAUGCAAACCGAAACAGUGCCUCCGCUUCCGGCAUCUUGCGAGAUUUGCACCGCGGCGCGGCUUCUCGGAAAGUGCAGCAAGGGGACCGUCCUGCUGCGGGCGCGGGGGGAGGUAGCGGGGCAACGACAUCAGCCAUCAAUUUUACGAAGAGCAGCUCCAGCAUGGUGGAAAAUUUUCUGCAAAACUACAAGUCUACGGGUCUCCACGACCCGCUGAAGUUGACGAUUCAGGAUUUCCUCCAGCGAAACGAAAACCAAAAGCCUCUGGACGAGCAGUUUCAAGUUUCGAAAAAGAUCUGGAAAAAAAUCUCGACGGAACUUUUGUCAAACAGCCGGAAGGAUUUCGACAACGACUGGACUCCGGACCUGCAGAUCGGGAAGGAGAGUAAGAAGGAAAGGGAAAAGCGAGUGAGCAAAGCCUCUUUUUCGUGCUUCACUUCUUUCGGUACUAGAAGCUCUGAUGUUUCAUCUCAUGCUUUUUCUUCUAGAAGUGGUGCAGCUGGUGCUACUUCAUCUCCCUCCUUCGCUGACAGUUUACUGGUUUCUGCA